UAGAUAGCAUUUAUCUAGUUGUGAAAAUGAAUAAACAAUCAGUUGUUGAAACGUAUUGUCAUAUGUCGGACGCGUUAAUAAUCAUGUUAAGUGAUCGUAAAUGAAUGGAUAGAGUGCGUGAAUUCUAAAUCGAUCAAGAUGACUAGGUCGAGCUACAGGCCCUUAGUUCCAAGAUCUUCGAAUAAUUCUUUAGAAAACCGUGAAAUCGGGACGACGUCCCCUCCCGGAGAACCGUUGGUGCGUGCUCCAGCUGGCAAGCCGCGAUGUCCUCCAGCCAUCUCGCGGCUGCGAGUGGAAAAAGUAGAAGGCGGUCUAGCGGUCGCUGGAGUGGUAGUUGCUGCCAAUUGCCAGAUCAUUCUUCCUAUCUUCGGAUUCCUGUUUAUGCUUGUUGGAUGCGUGCUUACUGCGGCGUCGUAUCGCGGUUGCGGUGAAAAUGAGGAGCCUGACCACUACGCAGCUAGGAUCGCGUUCACGGGCAACUCACGCGUCCUUGGCCCUGUUUGCAUUGUCGCAGGCGCUCUUAUGACAAUAGCUGGUAUUGUUUUAUGUAUGUUGAUGCGAGCCGCUCAACGCCGACAGCGCAGACUGGCUUUCCAUUGUCCCAUACAUGGGGACUUCUACCCCCUUAGUCCACAGAAUAGCAGAAAAUACUCACGUAGCCCCAGUGGUCUUUACCGCUGGCUACGUGGUUGGCUUGGUAUGAUUGAGGAGCGCGAGACGCCACGCUGCCCGCGCUCCACGGAACCCGCCUCACCAGCGCGGGCCGAUGCGCCGUGCCCACCGCCAUUACCUUUCUUAGUACCUAGUGAUUCAGUUGUAGGGAUGGCGUCAGUGCUCGGAGCGCCAUUAAGUCCAGAGCAGACGUUUGGUUCUAUCAAAUCACUCGCCAUUUCAAGGGAGGUCGCCAGUUUUCCACUGUCCCGAUCCCCCACUCCACCUCCGUUAAGCUAUCCACCUUUCAAAGACGAGUCGAAAAUCGAGAGCAUACCAAAUUCUGUGCCCCACUCGGACUUUGGUUGUGGGUCAACGAACUGCAACUAUCGUGUAGAAUGUAAACUAACGACCACAGACGAAAUAUGCCACAGUGCUCCAAACCAGAGUAUUCACACAGAUAAGCAAAGACCUGCCACUGUGUGCAUCGUGAUACCAGACGGGAAAGGUUAAAUGAUAUUUAGUAGAUAAUAAACAGUGUUCAAAUUUGUAAUGGCUGUUCGUUUUGGUAACUGAUUGAUUGCUCGUACUUUUUUUAAAAGUGUAGCAUAUAUUUAAAGUGUGUAGGCGACUUUUGGUUGAAAAGGUAGAAGUCGUCCGAUGAGACCAUUCCAUGUGAGGUACGGAUGGUUUAUUUUUUAAAUCUGUAAUGUGGCUAUAACAAUUUUCGAUUCUGCUCAAUCACAUUGGUCUUCCUCUAUCGCUUAUUCUGUAUUUUUCAAAUUCAAAGUCGUAGUGUUUUUUUUUUAAAUUUCUGCACGAUCAAUAUAAUAAGAAAACGUCAUUGCCAACGCAUUUAUUUCUGAAGAUUUAAUUCCUAAAAUUUUAGCAAUAAUGAUAACACAAUUUAUCACAAUAAUUUUCUGCACAUUAUAUUCGAUCAAAAAAUAUUAUAACACUUAUUAAAGAUAUAUUUAAGACAAUGAAUAGAUUUAAUGGCUAACUUAACAUAAAAUCAACACUACCCAUUGUUUGUAAUACUCAGGUUAUUAAUCAAACACUUGUCUCUAAUUGAGUGUAUUUUUGUUUGUUUUUAUUGUAACUAAUAGUAAAACACCCAGUACUACAAAAACGCCUGGUCUUCGCUAAUGUGAUUGAAAAAAAAUUGUCUUAAAGAAUCUGCAUUAAAAAAAUAUUUUGCACUUAUUUUCAUCCAACUGACAGUCUAGUCUAUAUCAUCUAAUUUAUUGUAAUAGUAACAUUACCGAUGUUUUGUCUAUUAAAUAGUGGUCACGUACGAUUUUUGGCUCAGUAGAAUAAUGUUGUUCCUAAUUUGAAAAUAAAUAUUUUAGUACAUUUGUUCUUUUAUUUAAACAUAUAUAAAUUAAAUUUAAUAAAGUUUUGCUAUAGGGCCAAUUUCCCGUUAUAUACGACUAAAGAAUUAUUGCCAUAAGUUUAAAUUGUAAUAGACUUGAAAAUAGAAUUGAAAUGGUAUAGUAUUAUUUUCUGUAAAAUUUUAUCAGGCUCUGUAACUCUGCGCUCGAAGAUUUUCAGUCAAACAUUACCAAUGGCGGCUUAGAUCUUUGUUUAUUACCUACAAAAGCAAGGAGUACGUGCGGUAACUAAGCUAGGGAUGCGAUGAUGCUUCUUCUGUGGUUACACUUACGAAAACAGUUGAUUAUAAUCGAUAUAAACAAUUAUUUUUACUGCGAACUGUGCGAACGUCUCGGAGAGCAGCAAUUUUUUUUGCCGGCAUAUUAAUUUGUUUAAGGUUUAAUACAAAACACAAUAUUUAAGAGGAACGGGAAAUUGGUUCUAACUGGCAACACUUGUUUUAGAAUAUAGAUAAAAUAAUAUUACUGUCAUAUUGUAAGAAUAGUUACAUGUAAUCUGGUGUCCUAGUUUUAGACCCGAAUUGUGAUAUUUUCGUUUAUUUUAUCAUUGUUACUAACUUUAAAAACUAUAACUUUCAUAUUCAUUAUCUAUAGUCUAUAAAGUGUUUUAUUUGAUAAUAAAAUGAAUAAAUAAUUCUCAUUUAAUUCGGGGAAGGAGCCAAAAAUGUUGCCAAAUUGCAUAAUUCACGUCCACUGUAGUUUUGUAUCGUUUUAUUCAAUAAAUAUAUGCUCACAAAAGACAAUGGUGUUAAAAAUGUGUGUAGACAAUUUAGAUCACGCGUAUAAUAGAUAAUUUUAGGUUAGAAAUAUAAACAAUUUUGUUUUGUGAUGUUGGCAUUUAUUGGCCGUGUUAUAUUGGAUAUGUGUAAUGUAAUUUUUUAUAUUAAUACAUAGUUAAGUGCCACGCCUAAGUAAUAUAUUAUAUACAUAAUUAAGCUUAUUUAAUAUUGUUAUAGCAGUAAGGACGAAGUGAAAAUACAAAUUUGAUUUUAAA